CACACACAUGGUAAGUUACCAUGUCGCCAAACAGCGUAAGAUCACAGAAUGCAGCAAUAAGGUGGCUGCACGUUCCUUGGCGUAUUCAUACUUAUGCUUUACUUCCUCGUCUGCCGAGGAAGGGAACACUCUCCAAAGCCAGUGUGUGCCACUCUUGCCUGCUCCAUUACUCGUGUGAUAGAAGUUGACUUCUCCAACCCUUGUGGCCUUUCACCGUGCAAAAGCAACAGAUCUACUCCAAAACCGAAAUACCUUGAGAACUUUAUUAUCGACUUGGGAAAAGCGCGUACCCGGGCAGAGAAACUGUACGGUUUUUAUCGUGGAAAUCUGGGUAACAUUAUAGCUGACCGUCGACUCACUCGGAAUCCCAAAAACGAUGUUAGAUUGAACUGUGAAUCAUGGACCCGGGAAACGUUCGGUACUAUCAAUGGCGCUGACGUCCAUCUGAACGGGGAAACGCUGAAAAUCAUCCAUCAUGCUCUGUUGAAUUUCACAUAUCACGUAAGUGACGUUUACAGGAAUGCAAUUCAAAAUAAGUACUGCCAACCUGGAGACAAUGAAGCGCGUGAUAUACAGGAAUUUCAGGAAAAUAAUAUGCUUCCAAUCUUGUGUACUAUCGACGUAAUGAAACGUCAUCUUCAGAUAUGCCUUGAUUCCGAGAUACACGCUCAGGUCAAAUCAGCACAGUGGGACAGAUGUACAGAGACCAAACACCAAAGGAAUGUCUACGGUUUGGAAGUAUUUUAUCACGGAAAGUGUCUUCUGUCGUUCCUUUGGGAAUCGUUCAACGCUGCCAUUUCGAAGCGACCUGACGGAAAUACUUAUUUUCUGGACUUUGGCAACUGAGGCUUGGCCACUAACUU